UAUAAGAGGGUUUUUCUCUAAAGACCUAAUAAUUGAGCUAAGAAUGAUAGACAGAAGAAUAACUUAUGGGUGCUAUUUAUUAGAGCUAACAGGUUUAAUCUUCACUUCUUUUUAUAGGGCACGGAUUGUAUUUAGAGUAAUACUUGGGUCUAAUUACGUUAAUAGCAGAAGUUUGCGGAUUAAUGAGCACUUAAAUAUACAAACUCCUUUUCUUAGCCUGUAUAUUGGGGCUAUUAUCUUAGGAGGGGUAUUAGGGAGGAAAAUAGAGAGGUUUGGGUUUGUAGUAGUUCUUGAGAAAUAUGAGAGAGUCAGAGUAUUUCUUAUUCCCUUUGUAGGGUUAAUUUUGUGAUGAGGAGUGCUUAGAAAAUUAGGGUCUAAGCCUUGGUCGUCAGCCAAACUAUUAAGAUUCUUUUUGAGAAUGUGGCUCAUAGAGAGGCUAACCUCCCACCCCAGAAAAAUGGCCUUCUUUAAGGGGUCCAGGAUGGUAGCUCAAAGUCUGGAUCAAGGUUGACUAGAGCUAUUGGGCCCUCAAGGUGCCCAUAAGGGACUAGGUCAACUCAGCUGUUUGAAUGAAAUUGUUCAGAAAAAUUAUUUUACCUACCAGCUGGUAGUAUGAGGGCUGGUGGUAGCGGGGGGCGUAAGCUUAAUUAUGUUUAUAUAAUGAGAGUUAUAGUCAUAUGUGUAAUUUUGAUGGCUGUGUUUUCGAUUGUCUUAAUUGCCAAGCAACCUAUUUCUUUAGGGCUAGUGCUAUUGAGGGGGUCUAUAAUUGCAUGUGUGGAGGUUGCACUGGAGGUUAGAAGGUUGUUAGGGUUCUUAUUGUUCCUAACUUACGUUAGGGGUGUAAUAGUCCUGUUCUUGUAUGUUUUAAGGAUCUACCCCAAUGAAGUGUAUCGUUUUAAUCUAGAGUUUAUGGUUCUCGUCAGAAGGUGUUGUGCCAGAGCGGUCCUUAUGGGUCUUAUGAAUUACGAGUACAGAGAAAUUAGCGGGUCUUUGUUUCUAAGUUUCAUGGCUGAAAGAAGCGGGUUAAGGUUAUAUAUCCUAAUAGCUGGUGUGUUACUGUUUGUAAUAUUAGUGGUGUCGUAUUUGUGCAUAAAAACCAUGGUGCCUUUACGAAGAGUAAAAUAA